GGGAGAGAGGGCGGGGCCUGACAGCAUUGCUCGGCGGGCGGGGGCGGGACCACGCGAGCAGCCCCCGGGGGCGGGACGGGGUCACGUGUGUACACAGCCCCCGCGGCGUGCGCGCCGUGAGCUCCGCUGCCUCCUGCAAGCCCAGCUGCCCGCCCGCGGCCGGUGCGCGGGCCGCCGCCCAGCGAGCGGAGGCUAACGACGCGUCCAUCCCUGCCUUCCAGCUCGGAGGGCACUGGGCAUGAAGGACUGUUCAGCAGGAGACCACAGCCAAGUCCUCGGAAUGCCAAGGGCAGUGUCUGAGGGAGAGAGAACCACCACCUAUGUGCCCACCAGCCUGCUCAGCUCCAGAGCUGCGAAGCUGGGGUGAGCUGCCAUGUGGAGCUGUGGUCCACUCAACAGCACAGCGUGGGGUGAGGAGCCGCUGUGCCGGAACCUGCGCCUGGGGUUGUGGGUCCUCUCGCUGCUCUACCUGGGGGCAGGUGUCCCUGUGGGAUUAGGCUACAAUGCUCUUCUGGUGCUGGCCAACCUGGCCAGCAAGAACACCAUGACCAUGCCCGAUGUGUACUUUGUGAACAUGGCCGUGGCAGGGCUGGUGCUCACGGCACUGGCGCCUGCGUACCUGCUGGGCCCUGCCCACUCCAGGUGGGCCCUGUGGAGCCUCAGCAGUGAGGCCCAUGUGACACUGCUUAUUCUGUUCAACGUGGCCUCCCUGGUGACCAUGUACUCCACUGCACUUCUGAGCCUUGACUACUACAUUGAGCGUGCCCUGCCACGCACCUACAUGGCCAGUGUGUACAACACCCGGCACGUGUGCGGCUUCGUCUGGGGCGGGGCGGUGCUCACCAGCUUUUCCUCCUUGCUCUUCUACAUCUGCAGUCACGUGUCUUCUAGAAUUGCCGAGUGUGCGCGGAUGCAGAACACGGAGGCAGCUGAUGCCAUCCUUGUCCUCAUCGGCUACGUGGUGCCAGGUCUGGCUGUGUUGUAUGCCCUGGCACUCAUCUUGAGAAUAGGGAAGGAAGAAACGCCCCUGGACCAGGACACCAGCAGGCUGGACCCCUCAGUGCAUAGGCUGCUGGUAGCCACCGUGUGCACACAGUUUGGCCUCUGGACACCUUACUACCUGAGCCUGGGGCACACAGUGCUGACGUCACGAGGGAGGACCGUGGAGGGGCAUUAUCUGGGCAUCCUACAGGUGGCUAAGGACCUGGCCAGAUUCUUGGCCUUCUCAAGCAGCUCCGUGACGCCACUGCUCUACCGUUACAUCAACAAAGCCUUCCCCAGCAAGCUCCGGCGGCUGGUGAAGAAGGUACACUGUGGCCGCCACCACUGCUCCCCCGACCCCGCGGGGAUACAGCAGGUGAUGGCACAGGCGUAGCUAACCCUCCCAGGGCUGAUGUCCUAGGAGAGGGCCUGACCAUGAGGAACACUAAAACUCAACUGGACGCACAGCACUUUGUCCCCCAAGCACAUGGCGCUCCCAACCCAGGAGACACGCCGAAGCCAGAGUAGCGCAGCCGGGCAUUUCUCUUGACAUUUGCUGUGUUUUCCCCUAAAAGGCCAAUCUUGGUCUUAAGCUGCACUGUGGAAAACAGAGGUGCCUUGUGCGAACAGGCUGCUUCUAACUAACCUUCCCACCUUCCUCCUCAAGGUGUGUGCCUUUCUCCCAGGGACAUCUUCAAGGUCAGUGUCCUCAAAAGCAGGCUGACCUUCAGCCUCCCUGGUAUUUGGGCUUUCUAAAUGAAGCAAUGAAAUCUAAAGCCAGUAUUUAUACUUCGUAUUGACAUGACACUUGAUUCUCCUAUUAUUAUUUUUUUAAAUAGAAGUGUUAGAAAGAGACCUGGUAUUAAGAAGAAGGCACCUGAGGGGAGUGUGGCUGUCACUGAUACCAGUGUUACACCUUGAGGACAGAACAGUGUGUCUGACAAGGACAGCUAUGGAGCACUGGCCCUCUCCCUAGCCACACGUAUCUGGCAUCUCUCCUCUACUGAGAGAGGAUCUUAGUAUAGGCCUGUCUUUCCAGUGCUUCAACAUAUGCAUAUACAUAAAUGGAAGAAAAAAAUAUGUGUUCUCUUAGUGCCAAAAGUCUUCCAGAGAUCUGGAUGUGGUAAAGUGUUAGCCAGGCACGGAAGGGAAAGGCAGGAUGGUAUGAGACCAGGCGCUCCAAGAUGACAAGGGACUGGCAUUGAGGAAAGGGCCCUGCUUGGACAGUUUCACACGGCUGUGGGGUGAUACACAAUGAGGCUCACCUCCCACAGGCGUCUGGGUCCAGGCCUCACCCACGUGCCUCUGGGCCACUUACCAUCCUUGUGUUUGGUAAUUAUCUACUCUAUCAUGGGCAAGAAAAGAAUUCCCACCACCAAAUACUCUGGGUUACAUGGCAAGCCCACAGGUCCCUGCUCCCCAGUUCUAAAGAUCUUCAUGUGACCAUCUCACCUCCCUGUCUCUGGAGAAGGCGGGUGUGUGAUCAUACUCAGCGGCCUUCCUGCAGCCCCAUGGCUGACCCUGGCUGCCCGCUGCUCUGAAUCAGUAACUUCAGUUUUAUUUAUUCUAUGCAAACUACAUCUCCUAGGAUGGUGACUGCUCCAGUUAAUUUGCCUUAAGGAGAAUUAGGGAGAAACAUGAGGUCCUCAGCCCUUGCUGUGACCUACUGGGCAUGCUCUUCAUGCAUCUUCAGCCUGACUUGCCCUACCAUUCCCCCAGGUGCAGAGCUCUGAGACUCUAACGGCGCCAGGCUUCCCACCCUGAUGGCCACACUGAACACCUUAAUGCUUGCUGAGGAAACAAGAACCCUCACCAUGAAGGUUCUAGUUCAGCCUGGCCUGCAGGCCAACUGUAAUUCUCCUACAGGUGAGAGCAAGCCCAGGAACUAAGGUCACGUCAAGCCAGAGGCAACCUGAGCUCUGUGGGUCACAGAGGAGACAGGCUUCAGGUGGCAGGGUCCCGGUUUAACAGUCAUUGUCCUAACGACCAUUUUACACCUUUGCUCUAGGCAGAGGUCCACGGGAGGGCGGACCCCAGGUCCAGGAGGGGUUCUAUGCCCUGGAAUCAUCCACCCCAGUCACCCCCAAGCAAGGGGGGAGAGGCCCAAAUCAUGUUCCUUUAUUGCAGUUUCUCAGUGGCCUUAGGUACAAACUGACCAAGGUCUAGAGGACCCUUGAGGGACUGGAAGCCAGGACGAGGACCAUGUGACUGGCGUCAACUGUAAAGCCACUUGUCCUGCAGGGACAAUUCAGUGGAGACCCAGAUGACUACCUGGGUCUUUCUGGUGGAGCCACACAUGGCCAGAGCAGUGGCCAUCUGCAGAGUUGACCCCUUCCUUGGCUGUAGACACCCCUAGACCGAUGCACUCUCCCACCAGGGCCCCAUUCCCACCACCUGCCUCCCUCCUGCCCCAGUUUCCCAUCACAUCCACCCACGCUCAGCAGUCACUGGUACUGGGACAGCGCUGUCUCUGAUCCUGUGCUAAGUUCAUCACGUGUCCCCAGUGUCAGCUUCCCAAUCCUGCCCUGCACCUUACAACCUCCCAAAGUAGGAAAGGACCUAAACCACACAAAGAGGUUACUGCAGUGGUUGUGCGUGUGCGUGUGCGUGUGCACGCGCGCGCGUGCCACUCAGUGAUACUUUCUUGUGUGAGUGUAAGACUCCAGGCAAGACACACAUUUCCCUAAGGCUUGUUAAUUUGGCUGUCGACACUUCUUGAUGGUUUUAAUUUACAAUGAAUGCUCUUAUUUUCAUUAACUCGUAAGAAAGCUUGCCGCAUGUCAUUAUUCAGGAUUUCAGAAAGUGACCUUUUUCUUGGGUUUCCUUCGCAAUGUCACAUGACAUGACAUAGGAAACCAGGCCCACUGCUCACUGGGGCAGGUAUACCCAGGAACCAACAGACACCUGUUUUGUCACAGAAAGCAUUCAGCGAAGGUCAGACCAGAGCAAACUUAUGACCUUAGACUGUGUCUGGUUCUUGGUUUUAAGCCGGUGGGAAGAUGUGGGUAUUCUCACUCCUUUGCUAUGGGAUCCACCCCAGUGGCUGGAUCCAUUUGCCGAAAUUCUGUGAAUGUGAAAAAGAAACUACUGAUGAGAUUCACACUUCUGAAGACUAUUAAAUUAUUUAACACGCA